AAACAGAGACACAAGACAAACGGGCGCACAAACAUCAGCCCACAGCAGCAGAAAGAGGCAACGCAGGAGUUUACAGUGGAGAGUCACGUACUGGCCACAGACAUGUCUUGGGACUUCAUUGUGCCCGUCUGCGUUGGUGACUUGGUGAAAACUGGAGGAAUCAACCAAUAUGUGGUACAAGAUGUGGUUUCCCCCAAACAAAUCCCACAGUCCAUCAGCAGAUUCAAGGCAGAACUCAGAAGCAAAGGCUCCAUGUGCAUUUUGCAGCACUUUGACACAGGAUACAGUUUGCUGCAGCACAGCAAAUCAGUUGACCUUGGUGUGAAAGAAGAUGCACUGGAAUUGCUAAUCCAAGUUGUAACAGGUCUGGCUGGCUCUCUGCCUGCCCUCCUGAUGUCCACCACCAUGUCGGCUGCAGAACGCAAAGAAAACCUGAACGCUGUCAAAAUGAGUGUCUACCUGCUCUGCAAACUCACAGAGCAGCUGGAGAGCGACUCCUACAGACAAAGCAUCGUCACUGCACCGGGAAAGGGAGGGAAAAAAGGGAACACCGGACAGGGGAUGCACCAGUGGGACAGUGAGAGGGAGGCGGUGCUGCAAGCCUUGGUUCAGCUUUUCCAGGUGGAUAUUCGAUCGCUAUGGAAUCUCUCCCUGGUUGAGGAAGAGUUCAUCAGCUGUGUCACCUGUUGCUGCUACAAACUGCUCGAGAACCCAACAAUCAGUUAUGUUAAAAGCAAACCCACAAGAGACGGCAUCAUCCACCUCCUCGGAGUAAUGAUCAAGAAAUACAACCAUCUACUCGGUGCGAGUGUGAAGGUGAUUCAGUUGCUCCAACACUUUGAGCAGCUUUCCUCCGUAUUUGCCCAAGCUGUGUCUGUUUGGAGCACAGAGUACGGCGUCAGAGCAGUUAUAGGAGAAGUCAUAAGGGAGAUUGGUCUGAAAUCCAGUGAGGAGUUGGCCAGAGAGGGCUCGGGAGUGAAGGCCUUCGCUGCUUUUCUCUCUGAACUUGGGUCCCUUGUGCCUGAACUUUUGAUCCCCUACAUCAGCAUGUUAAUCACCCACUUGGAAGGAGCGAGCCACACGAUGCGCAUGGCUGUCUGCGAGGUGCUGGGAGAGCUCCUAGUCCAUAUUCUGUGCGGGGAUGGGCUGGAUGACGCUGGAAAGGCCGACCGCGACCGCUUCUUUGACACGCUGCAGGAGCAUUUACACGACACAAACUCCCACGUCCGAGCCAGGGUCAUCCAGGUGUUCACCCGAAUCGUCAACGGCAAAGCUCUGCCCUUGUGCCGUUACAGUGAAGUGAUGAAGCUCACAGUGGGGCGACUGAUGGACAAGUCUGUAAAUGUAGUGAAGAGCGCCAUCCAGCUGCUGGCGGCGUUCAUUGCACACAACCCCUACAGCUGCAAAUUGAGCAGUGAAGAUCUUAAGAAACCUCUGGAGAAGGAGACGGCCAAACUCAAAGAGAUGAAGGAGAGACGUGAUGGAAAAGUCCCCGUGGCUGUGAUAAAGGCAUCUGAGCUGUGGGCCGCUAUGGAGCCGGAGCUGCUGGUUACGGUCAGAGCUGAGCUGGAGCCCAAAGGAGAGAGUGAAGGAGAGGAGGAGGAGGAAGAGGAGCAGGAGGAAGAAGACGACAGAGCCACCGGGGUCAAGAUCGCUCAGUAUCUUCGUGACAACAAAUACAGAAAUGCAGUGCGUUUGUGUGUAAAGGCCCACAGCAGAUUCCCCGAGUCUGACAUCUUCUCCCGUCUGUCCACUCUCUCCUCGGAGACCUUAAUGGACACUCUGGCUUUCAUAUUCAAAGGCUCCGGUGAGGACUCUGCAGACGUGAGCCAAAAUCUGCCCCCGACUCCUCAAAAGGAGGAAAAGGAGGGUGACGAGAGCGAGCUGCAGAAACAGGAGAUGCUGGUGCAGUAUCUGACAGACACGGAGGCGUUUGCUCUGCAGGUGGAGAAGGCCAUCGCUGUCAUCAACACGAUGCUCUACUGGAAAACCACCUCAGUGGUGCAGGAGGCUGUGCAGUUCUGCGUCACCGUCUGCGAGUUCAGCGUCGCAAACUCCAUCAGCGGUGUGAGGAAGAUGUUGCCUUUGGUUUGGUCGACGGACGCGGCGGUUAAAGACGCGGUGGUCCAAGCCUACAGGAGACUCUACCUCAACCCACAGGGGGACACAGUCAGGAUGAAGGCUCAGAAUCUGGUGGACAACCUCUCGGAGCUCAUGGUCGAUGCAUCUCUGGGAACAAUCCAGUGUCUCGAAGAAAUUGUUCAGGAGUUCUUUGGCAGUGGGAGCAGUCUCCAGUCCACGGUGAUCCAGGUCCUAUGGGAAAGAUUCACCGGCAAAAGGGAGACCUCCAUCCUUCACAGGAGAGCCGCUGUGCUGUUACUGGGGAUGGCUGCAAGGUCCAAGCGGGAGGUUGUUCUCGGUAAUCUGGACACCCUCUGCUCCGUUGCUUUGGGAGAAAAAGUGACUGAGGAUUUUCUUUUUGCCCGAGACACCGUGAUAACCAUCUGCAGCAUCACUGACCACGUCCGACAGUCCAAAGAUGCUCCUUUUAGACUUCCCCAGGAACACCAGCUCUUCACCUGUCUGUUCAACGCCAUAGCUGAAGGUGUUGUGAUGGAGGACCCAUACUGGCAGAGCUUCAUGGAGCAGGCCGUCAGACUGAUCUACUUCCUGUCUGAGUCACCUGACCAGCUCUGCUCCCGCCUCCUGCAGCGCUGCGCUCGUCAGUUACUCGACCAGAUCGCAGAAGGCGGAGAAACGAACAAAAACCCGAUCCAAGAUGGCUCCCAGGACUCGGAGCCAGGUGAACACGUGAGCUGCGUGUGCCUGGCUCAGCUGCUGGGGCUCUGCGGGGCUGUGGCGUUCUGGCAGGUGUCUCAUCUGGAGCGCAGUGUGAGCGCGGAGCUGCGGAGGAGGAGAGGAGAGACGGAGGAGAGGGAGGAGAAGGAGAAGGGACCCACCAGCAAGUCUAAGCAGGCAGCCAAUGAAAGUGCCAUGGAGGAGGAGCUGGGUUUGAUGGGAGCUUCGGCUGAAGACACAGAAGCAGAACUCAUCCGCAAAAUCUGCGAGACCGAACUACUCGCUGAGGAGAACCUGCUGUGCGCGUUCCUGCCCCUGCUGGUGAAAGUCUGCAGCUCUCCAGGACGAUACUCCCACCCGCAGCUCACCACAGCGGCCUGCCUCGCGCUCUCUCAGUACAUGAUGAUCAGCCCGUCGGCCUGUGAGGAGAACCUGCGUCUGAUGUUCACCGUCCUGGAGCGCUCCUCCCUCCCCGUCGUCAGGGCCAACGCCAUCAUCGCCCUGGGAGACCUCACCGUGCGCUUUCCCAACAUCCUGGAACCCUGGACACAGAAUCUCUACGCCAGGCUCGGCGACGAGGAGCCGUCCGUGAGGCAGACGGCUGUCACGGUUCUGACGCAGCUCGUCCUGAAGGAUGUGCUCAAGGUCAAAGGUCAGAUCAGCGAAGUCGCUCUGCUGCUAAUUGACCCCGAGCCGCACAUCGCCAGCCUCGCCCUCAACUUCUUCAACGAGCUGUCGACAAAGGACAAUGCCAUUUACAACCUGCUCCCAGACAUCAUCAGCCGAUUGUCUGAUCCAGAGAGAGGAAUGAAAUCGGACGACUUCAACACGAUCAUGACGCAGCUGUUUUCCUACAUUACUAAAGAGAGACAAACUGAAUCCCUGGUUGAAAAACUGUGCCAGCGUUUCAGGACGGCCAAGACGGAGAGGCAAUGGUGCGACCUGGCCGUGUCCCUGUCCCUUUUGUCCAUGUGUGAGCGCGGAUUUAAGCGUCUGCAGGAGUGUUGGGAGUGUUACAGCGAUAAACUCACGGAACCGGGAGUCUACCAACCUCUGCUCAACAUCAUGGCCAAACUCCGCAGAGGCGCCAAAGUGCAGUUUAAGGCUCAGGUGGAGGAGUUUGAGAAGCGGCUCACUGCGGUCCACACUAAAGGUCUGGAGAACGUAGAGAGUCCAGAGAUGGAGGAGGAGAACCAGAAAGCAGAGAAAACAGCUCUGCGGACGCCGCUGCCAACGAGAGGCCGCUCCAAGGCUAAAGGUCAGACAAAGGCGUCAGUCUCGGGACAAGAGGGCGACAGUUUCGUGACGCCUCGGAAAUCUCGCCGAACGAAGAAAGCUCAGAUCACGUUCAGCAGCGACGAAGAGGAGGAUGAAGAGGACGCUGUCAUGGCUGAGAGCGAGACGCCUAAAGUCACGACCCCGAUCGCUCGCACUUCUCGACGAGCCCGCCUCAGGAAUUAACCUUUUAUCUUUUACAAUCUUUGUUUUAUCCUUUUAUGUCCUGUACUUUUUUAAAUGUCUUUAUCUUCUGUAUAUAUUUUAAC